AUGUCCAUGAAACCUUUGCAGGAAAGCCUCCACGCCCUGGAUUCCAUCAGAAUCCGGCAUUGGAUGGCCCACACCAAUCCGUCCAAGUUCUCUGCUGCGCAGACUGGGCGAUCAGUAACGGAUGACUUGAAUGAGAUCAGAGAUGAGCGAGAAAAGAUGCAACAGGAAAAGUUGAGCUGGAUCCAUAUUCCCAGCAACGACAUGGCUUUAUGCGAGGAUGUUCUCAAGCGUAUCUGCUGCGAAGCUCAAUACAAAGCACUGCUCAGCCAUGAUAAAUGGCGCUCCCACGCACAACAAGAAGAAGAGCAAGGGGGACUGUAUUGCGCGCCUUUUAUGAGCGCAGCUGGGUUCCAACUUCGUUUCCGUAAGCUUAUAGAUGCGAGUUGA